GAGCAGCUCAUGCGGCUCUUCACGGGGCAGGGGCCGCCUCAGCAGGGCCUGGCAGAAGCCUGGCGGACAGGCGGCGACCCGUGGACGGCGCAGUCAGGGACGCCCGGGAAGAUGUCUUUUCCGAGCGCCAGCUGGCUGGGGCAGGCAGUGCCGGCCGACGCGGAUUGGGAGGAGCCAGUCGAAAUGGUCGAAGACGACAUCGAGUCGGCGUCAGCCAGCGCGAUCGCCUGUGCCAAGCGUUCUGAGGCCGAGGGUUCGGUGGCCGACUGGCUGGGGGGUGAGCGCUUCAACGACGAUCGAGAGGUGUUCCUCGCGCGG